CCCACUCUGCAUUCUGUUAAACCAGCACCUCCCUCCUCCUUCCGUAUAAACAGACUGAUCGAUAGAGAGCGAGAAUACAUACACAGUAAAAACUGAUCGGGACACCCACUCCUUCUCCGGCGGAACCAUAUAUAUUCAUAUCAAUCGUCUGUUCCCUCUCCGGCGCGGUGACCGACCAGGCCAGCUUUGUUUCUGUCUCAUCAGGUAUUUGAUUUCACAAAUCCUCCUCCUCCUUAAUUCCUGUGCGGAUUGGUUUGUGUGUGUGUUUAAUUAUGUAAUUAGUUGUUUGCAUGCAAAAAAGGUGCCGGCGCUGUCUCUGGCCACGGCUCUUUUUUUCUUCUUCUCCCUCCCUCGCUUUCAUUUCUCUUGUUGCUUUUUCAGAUUAAUAUUCCGGAUUUUUGCAAGCGUGUGAAAUCCCAUCGAAAAAGCUCUGAUUUUCUUUUAGGUGAAUUAAUUCAGCGUUCCUUAAGCGAUUCGUCCGUAAUUUUUUGUUUAUCUCUUGUUUGUUAGAAGGUCGAUGUUCCGGACCGAAUAGGUAAUUUAACAUAAAGAAGUGAAGGAUAUACAAGGCGGGCAGAGGCUGUUGUUGUUACACUUGUGAACAUGCAUGAAUGGGUGCAAUUAAUGCAACAACAACAGAAAAAAUGACAAUUUUCCGAUUUUGAUUGAUUGAUUGCUGAAAAAACCCAAUAGAAAGUGUUAACAUUUAAAGACGACGAUGCCACGUCUGCAAACACGCUAAGCUAAUUGUUAUCCAUCUGGUUCUCCAUAUUUAAUUUUCUUUCAAUAAUAAAAAUCCAUAAUUUCGAUAAAUUCCUGGAGAUAUUUAGCCUUUAUUGUAGGAUCAAGGGCCUGAUCUCAGUUAUUUAGGGAUGACAAUUUCGACCUGACCCGAUUUACCCGACCUGUUUGACCUGUUUUGGGGCGGGGCGGGCAUGGGUACCUCUCAUCGACCCGACCUGCCCUGACCCGCCCCAUUCUCGACCCGUUCUUGCCUAAAUAUAAUAUUAGUUAAAUUACUUAAGAUUUUCUUCUUAUUACAUUAUAUUUUAGCUAUAAUAAAGUUGUAAAUAAGGAAAACCUCAAUUUCUUCAAUAAUUUAACUACAUUUUAUCAUAUUAUGGUUUCUUUCUUGGUCUUUCAAUGAAAAGAACGAAUAUUUCUAAUGUUUUUCACAUAAAUUACAUAUCCAAUGGGUCGACCUGCCCCGACCCACGCCCCGUGAUAAAUUACCCGACCUGGACCCGACCUGCCAUGGGGCGGAUACCCGCCUCGAACCUGCCACAUUGCCAUUCCUACAGUUAUUUGAGUUGACCCCUUCAUUAUCUCAUCUCAAUCCCCUAAAAUCCUCGCCUUCUGUUCAACUUUCUAUUUAUCUACGUCUCUAAUUUUGAUUUCUAUUUAUAGGAAAUAGUAAAUAGUAGCCAAAUACUAGGCAACCUCAGUAAGUACUCCCAAAUUCGUAACGGAUUUCCAAAUUCGAUUCGAAGCCCAAUGAUUUCCGCUCCCAAAAUAGAAAAAAUAGAGACGCAACUGUGAUCAUUACGAAUCCCAGGCUGUAAAACUAAUCUACCUAGGUGGUCGAAACGUUUCAUUUGUCCACUCGUGACACUUCAAUUCUUCCCAUUUUGGACUGGAACAGGUCAGAAACAGGUCAGAGGUCCUGAGCCAUGGCGGGGGACUUGCAGGUUCUGAACGCCCUGGACGUGGCGAAGACGCAGUGGUACCACUUCACGGCGGUGAUCAUCGCCGGGAUGGGAUUCUUCACCGACGCCUACGACCUCUUCUGCAUCUCCCUCGUCACCAAGCUCCUCGGGCGCAUCUACUACCACGUCGACGGCGCACCCAAGCCGGGCUCCCUCCCGCCCAACGUCGCCGCCGCGGUCAACGGCGUCGCGCUCUGCGGCACCCUGGCGGGGCAGCUCUUCUUCGGGUGGCUGGGGGACAAGCUGGGGAGGAAGAAGGUGUACGGCCUCACCCUGAUGCUGAUGGUGAUCUGCUCCGUCGCGUCGGGGCUCUCGUUCGGGCACGAGCCCAAGUCCGUGAUGGCCACGCUCUGCUUCUUCCGCUUCUGGCUCGGGUUCGGGAUCGGCGGCGACUACCCGCUCUCCGCCACCAUCAUGUCCGAGUACGCCAACAAGAAGACACGCGGCGCGUUCAUCGCCGCCGUCUUCGCGAUGCAGGGGUUCGGCAUCCUCUCCGGCGGUGUCUUCGCCAUCAUCAUCUCCUCCGCCUUCAACUUCUGGUUCAGGGCCCCGCCCUACGAGGUCGACCCCGCCGCCUCCACCGUACCGCAGGCCGACUUCGUCUGGCGGAUCAUCCUCAUGGUCGGCGCUCUGCCGGCUCUGAUGACGUACUACUGGCGGAUGAAGAUGCCGGAGACCGCGCGGUACACCGCCCUGGUCGCCAAGGACGUGGGGCGCGCCAACAAGGACAUGGCCAAGGUGCUGGACACGGAGAUCGAGGCGGCCGUGGUGGAGCAGAAGCCGCCGGCAGCGGAGGAGGAGGAGAUUAUUGCGAGCCGCCGCCAACAACAGCAGCAGGGGUACGGUCUCUUCUCCCGCGAAUUCCUCCGGCGGCACGGGACCCACCUGCUGGGGACCACCACCACGUGGUUCCUGCUGGACAUCGCCUUCUACAGCCAGAACCUGUUCCAGAAGGACAUCUUCAGCGCCGUGGGGUGGAUCCCGCCGCCGCAGACCAUGAACGCGAUCCAGGAGGUGUACAGGAUCGCCAGGGCCCAGACGCUGAUCGCGAUGGUCAGCACGGUGCCGGGUUACUGGUUCACGGUGGUGCUGAUCGACGUGAUCGGCAGGUUCGCCAUCCAGCUGAUCGGGUUCUUCUUCAUGACGGUGUUCAUGUUCGCCCUGGCCAUCCCGUACGACCACUGGAGGCAGAGCGGCAACCGCAUCUGGUUCGUGGUGCUGUACGCGCUGACCUUCUUCUUCGCCAACUUCGGCCCCAACGCGACGACGUUCGUGGUCCCCGCGGAGAUAUUCCCGGCGCGGGUGAGGUCGACGUGCCACGGGAUAUCGGCGGCGUCCGGGAAGCUCGGGGCGAUCGUGGGGGCGUUCGGGUUCCUGUAUCUGGCGCAGGAUCAGGACAAGGCCAAGGCGGAUGCAGGUUACCCGGCCGGGAUCGGGGUGAGGAACUCGCUCAUUGUGUUGGGAUUCGUCAACUUGCUGGGGCUGCUGUUCACGUUCUUGGUGCCGGAAUCCAAAGGGAAGUCGUUGGAGGAGAUGUCUGGAGAGCAGGAGGAUGACGACUCUGCUUCCAACAACAACAAUAAUAGGACUGUUCCAGUCGUUUAGGCGGAAAGCUUUUAGAUCAUUUCAGUUCUAGUUGCAGACACGGAUCUUGUUGAGUGAGUGAAUUUGAGCUUUUUUUUAAGAAAACAAAUAUGCUAUGGAGGGGAAUAACUUGAAAAUGCCCGGGUUUGAGUAAGUUAUGUAUGUGUCCUUUGUGUGUGUUGUUUGUUCCCUUCCUCUUUGGUUUGAGGAUUAGAUGGCCCUUUGGGAUUUGUAGUAGCUAGCAAAUUUUUAUUUGUAGCGAUUUCUCUUUUAACAUACGGGGAGAUCGAAGUGUUUAAAGUUGGAGUGUUUUGUAGUUGUGGUGUGUUAUAUAUACUAGAAACAAAACCCGCGGUAAUUAGCACUUUCGUGAUCAAUGGAUGGCCAGUUUAGGACACUGUGGAAUCAGGGGUAUGUAGUAUUGUCUGAGGUAAGGAGGUGGAGACCUAUGUAUGUGUCAGUUCCAUCUCGUAAUCAAUACUAGCAAAGACC